AUGACGCCGGGCUUCUGGGCCCCUCUCUUCCCCCUGCUUCUGGUAACCACACAGCUUGCAGCCUCCUGUGGCGCCUCAACCCCGACCAGCGGCCCCGCCUCGGGCUCGACCACCACCCCGGGACACCACGGUGCCUCAUCCCCAGCCUCCCGGGGCGCCUCACCCCCGACCAGCCCCGCCUCGGGCUCGACCACCACCCCGGGACACCACGGUGCCUCACCCCCGACCAGCGGCCCCGCCUCGGGCUCGACCACCACCCGGGGACACCACGGUGCCUCAUCCCCAGCCUCCCGGGGCGCCUCACCCCCGACCAGCCCCGCCUCGGGCUCGACCACCACCCCGGGACACCACGGUGCCUCAUCCCCAGCCUCCCGGGGCACCUCACCCCCGACCACUAGGACUAUUGCUGACACCACUCACCAUAGCAUAGAACCUCCCACCUCCUCCAAUCGUAGCACUUCUCCCCAGUUGUCUCUUAGGGUCUCCUUCUUCUUCCUGUCUUUUUCCAUUUUGAAUCUCCAGUUUAACUCUUCUCUGGAAGAUCCCAGUACCAAAUACUACCAAGAGCUGCAGAGAAACAUUUCUGAGUUGUUUUUGCAGGUUUAUGAACAGGAAGAUUUUCUGGGCUUCUCUAACAUCAAGUUCAGACCAGGAUCUGUGGUGGUCGAAUCAACUCUGGUCUUCCGCAAGGGUGCCACCGACGCCUGCAACGUGAAGACACAGUUUGAAGAGCACAGCGGGGAACUAGCCAGAUAUAACCUGUCCAUCUCAGGUGUUAGCAUGCAAGACCUGUCGUUCCCUUCCGCCGGCCCGUCCGGCUCUGGGGUACCUGGCUGGGGCAUCGCCCUGCUGGUUCUGGUCUGUGUUCUGGUUGCACUUGCCAUCCUCUACGUCAUUGCCCUGGCUGUGUGUCGGUGCUGCCAGAAGAACUGUGGGCAGCUGGACCUCUUUCCAACCCAUGAUGCCUACCACCCUAUGAGCGAGUACCCCACCUACCAUACGCAUGGGCGCUAUGUGCCGCCAGGCAGCAGACGCAGCCCCUAUGAGGAGGUCUCGGCAGGCAACGGGGGCAGCGGCCUGUCUUAUGUGAACCCGAACCCAUCAGCCACUUCCGCCAACUUGUAG